AUGAAGAUUAACGUCAAGACUCUCAAGGGGACUCACUUCGUCAUCCAAGUGAACCCUCAAGACACGGUUGCUGAUAUGAAGAAAAACAUAGAGGCAGCGCAAGGUGCUAACAUUUACCCUGCCGCGCAACAAAUGCUUAUUCAUCAGGGGAAGGUGCUUGUGGAUGCCACAACCUUGGAGGAAAAUAAGGUGGUUGAAGAUAAUUUUGUGGUGAUCAUGUUGGGCAAGAAUAAGGAAGCCCAACCUAAAAGUUAUUUUCCUCCUACUUCAUCAACAUCUCAACCUCCUGCGUCGACUGUUGGACAGGGAGAAUCCAAUUCCAAGCAAAUUCCAGAUAUAACUCCUCCCCCUAGUUCCGUGUCUGGUAUCUAUGGCCAUGCAACAUCAAAUCUUAAUACAGGAAGUAAUUUAGAAUCAACUAUUCAACAAAUUCUAGAAAUGGGGGGAGGAAAUUGGGAUCGGGAUACUAUUAUCCGUGCCCUUCAAGCUGCAUUUAACAAUCCUGAAAGAGCUAUUGAAUAUCUCUAUUCUGGCAUUCCUGAGGAAGCUGAUGCAGCAGAAGUUGCCAGAUCCCCCAUGACUCGACAGGCAGAAAACUCAUCAAUCCAGGCUCCCCAGCCAGCUAUACCUACUAGUGGACCCAACACAAGUCCACUCAACCUGUUUCCUCAUGGCAUUCCCGAAUUGGGUACACCUACAGAUGAUAAUAUAGCAGACUUGGAUUUCUUGCGAAACAAUCGACGGUUCCAAGAAUUAAGAGCGAUGGUGCGAGCAAACCCCGAACUUUUGCAGCCUAUGCUUCAGGAUGUGGGAAAAAGAAAUCCUGAGCUACUGCACGUCAUCCAAGAUCAUCAAGAAAACUUGCUUGACCUUAUAAAUGAACCUCUAGGGGAUGAGUAA